AUGAUAUUAGCCACGUCGAAAUGUUUGAUAGAGACCACAGCUGAAUUAACCAAAGCCAUAAUGUGGAGGAAAAUGAGAUUGACCAUGAUAAGUUCCCAGCCAUCCUCCGAGGCCAACCCAAUCGGCACAGAGAAAACCAGCGAGUUGAGCACGAUACCGACAAACACUCCGAGCUCGAUUUUUCGAAUCUGGUGUGUGAACGGCAGCAGGAGUAGGAUAAAGAUGUAUGAUGAGAAGCUUCAACGGGUUAAUUUCUCCAUGGGGAGCAUUCCGCGCGAGCUGAACACCGACCAGAGCAAGGAAAGCGACCGUGAUACUCCAGAGAAGCCUCCUGCUGAUUUCACUACAAACGAACAAAGAGAGGAGAAAUUAAGCAGCUGGAAAAUAAAGGCGACGGCGAAAUUCGAACCGCUUACCUUCGCUCAGCCGCGGCUAGGGUUUGUGCUGCGACGGGAGGAGGCGGCAGGAAUAUUUUGCUCCAAGGAUUCAGCGGCGGCCGAGAGACAUGAAGGACGUCGGAGUCGGCCGGUGGUUGUUCGGAGCUCGGCAGUGGUCCUUCAGCCACCGGUGGCCAGCGAGUUCUCCAGUGCGGAGAGGUUGAAGUCGUUUGAUGAGAGCUCAGGGCCGCCGCCGGCGGUGAACGGUGCGCCGUUGGGGGAGGGUGAACGGAGCAUUGUUGGCGUGGUGAAUGGGUUAAAAACUUAA